UUUGCGCUGCUGUUGUAGGCAGCGGUUCAAUCCAAUAGCAUCUGUGCAGCGGACUAUGGGUGGAUCCGUUACUAGGUGGGGUUUAUCAUGAGUAUAAAUAAACUCUCUUUGCCAUCUCUAAGUCCCGGAACCUCAGUGAGACUUUCUUUUUAACUCCAGAGCUACUCCACUCCAGCAGUCCCAAUAUGUCUUUCAUUCAUUCCUUCCUGCAGCAGACUGUCUACAUGGGCAUGCCCGAUGACUCAGUACUAAAGAAUAACGGUACAGUGACUGCAGCACCCAACUUCAGCCCAGAUGGAGAUGCAGCAGUCUUGGACAAGGCCAUCAAGACAAAAGGUGUGGAUGAAAGAACCAUCAUUGAAAUCCUGGUGAAAAGGAACAAUCAGCAGAGACAGCAGAUCAAAGAGGCUUAUCUGAAGGCCAGCGGCAAGCCUCUUGAGUCAGCGCUGAAAAGUGCCCUGAAGGGUGAUCUGGAGGAUGUGGUGUUGGCCCUGCUGAAAACACCGGCCCAGUACGAUGCCCAGCUGCUGAAAGAAGCUAUGAAGGGAUUGGGCACAGAUGAGGAAACCCUGAUAGAGGUUAUGGCCUCUAGAACCAACAGAGAGAUCAUGGAUAUGAAGAAGGCCUACAAGGAAGAAUACAAGAAGGACAUCGAGGAUGACAUCAAGGAUGACGCUAGUGGAGAUUUCAGGACUGCCCUCUUUGAGCUGUGCAAGGCCAACAGAACUGAAGGAGUGUGUGAGCAGAUGAUCGACAGCGACGCCAGGGCUCUGUACGAGGCCGGCGAGGGGAGGAAGGGCAAAGACACCUCUGUCUUCAUCGACAUCCUCAUCAGCAGGAGUGCCCCGCAUCUCCUUAAAGUGUUCGAGAGAUACUCAAAGUACAGCAAAGUGGAUGUGGCCAAAGUGAUCGAUCUGGAGAUGAAGGGAGAUAUUGAAAGUUGUCUCACUGCAGUAGUGAAGUGUGCUGGGAGCCGUCCGGCUUACUUUGCUGAGAAGCUCCACUUGGCCAUGAAGGGUAAGAGUCCCAAAAAAAAUGUCCUGACUCGCAUCAUGGUGAGCCGCUCUGAAGUUGACUUGAAACGGAUCAAGGAAGAGUACUUGAAAAACUACAAGAAAACACUCUACCAGGAGAUUCUGGAUGACACAAAAGGAGACUACGAGAGGAUCCUGCUUGCUCUCUGUGGAGACAACUAAGACCUGAUCAAUGAGAUCGAUGCUUAUCCGAAUGAAGAUCCAGCAGCAAGUCCAGCUGUGAAACACCACACAUAAUCUCUUGACACAUAUUGUGCCCUGUAAGGAGAACUGAAAAAGACAAGUUUUUCUCUGUGAUGGUCUCACUAUCAUUACAUUUAGUGCAUAUUUACAUUAUCAAGCAAAGGUUGAUUUGGAAUCAUCACUGCUUCAGCAGAUGUCUUCUUUCCAAGUUAUCUCAGCACUCAUAAAUCUGCAGCAGUCGACCAGUAUCCUCUGCAGCAGACUCAGCUUUACACGCAUCCAAUUAUCAAUUAGGUGCGAACUAAUUAAUACAGAUCAUCAUGUGCCAAAUAUAUUGCAAUUGCAGCAGUAGGGCCACCCUUGAAGGAGCAUGGAAAUCCUGCAAUAAAAGCUUUUGUAACAAGAA